CGACUCAGCUCGCCGAGGCGUCACUGCCCCGCGCCGCAUCCAAGAUGGAGGCUGUCCGCCGGAGCCUGUUCGUUUUGGGAGCACCGCUGCCGAGUUGGAGCCGUGCGCGGUGCUGGUACACGACUGCGCUGAGGGUGGCAGGAGGCCCUGGCAAAGGUGCAUCUGUGCGAGGAGGAAGGUCCUCACAAAAUGAAAGACCGCAUAGGGAGCGUGGAACUCCUAGGACAGAGAAGAUGGAGGUUGACCAGGAUUGGACAGGCGUGUACCCCGCUGCUGCAGCUUUUAAGCCUUCCUCUGUGCCUCUCCCUAUUCGGAUGGGCUACCCUGUGAAAAGAGGCGUACCUCCCGAAAAAUAUGGCAACCUGGAACUUAUAAAGAUUCCUAAUUUCUUGCAUCUGACUCCAGUUGCCAUCAGGAAACAUUGUGCUGCUCUUAAAGACUUCUGCACAGAGUGGCCGCCUGCCCUGGAUAAUGAAGAGAAAUGUUUGCAGCACUUUCCCAUUGAAGUGGACACAGUAGAUUAUGUUUCAGCUGGCCCGUCUGUUCGUAAUCCUAAAGCAAGAGUGGUGACCCUGAGAAUUAAGCUUUCAAGUCUCAACUUGGAUGACCACGCAAAGAAUAAGCUCAUUAAACUUGCAGGAGAGAGGUACAGCAAGGGUACAGAUACCCUUAUCAUUACAACAGACAGGUGUCUUUUAAGGAGGCAAAAUUAUGACUAUGCAGUGUAUCUACUGACAGUUUUAUUUCAUGAAUCAUGGAAAACKGAAACGUGGGAAAAAGACAAGACAGAGGCUGACAUGGAGGAGUACGUCUGGGAGAAUAGUCCAUCUGAACAGAAUGUUUUGGAUACUCUGCUCCGAAUAAGAUCUGCUGAAAAAAUCCAAGACAUCAACAAAGAAACACUUCUUGGCUCAGACAUCAUUAUGUCUUAUAAAAACUCAAUGGUUGCACUGAGAAACGAAGGCGAAACAGAGAAGAAUCUUUCUCAGUACAAGGAAUCUGUUAAGAAACUACUAAAUCUGAAUAGGUUGUAGUAUCAAAACCUGUUUAAUGUGGAACUACAUAUGUUACAUAUGACCAAUGUGCAUAAUAAAAUUUACAACUGUG